AUCGCGACUAAAGAAGCGAACAUCCGGCGGCCAGCUUGCUUCCUUUCGUUGCCGAAUCGCGAUACAACGCCAACGAGACGACGCCAAUUCACGGUGGAAACUUCGUCCAAAAAGUGCCACUUUAUACCUAUCUAUUAUCAUUCAAAUUAAAGUCCGCGCACAAUCAGCAACAUAUGGCGACCGUGUAGCAUCGAGAUCAAAGAUGCCGACACUGAGUGAACCUACUGCUCUUAUUUAUACUGUGCCGCCACUCUCUCGAGACCUCGAGAGACGCGCGAUGAUCGCACGAGUGUUCGUUGCUCUGUUCCUCGUCGCCGUGUGGUUGCCGGCAUUCGGUGACACGGCCUCCGCACACAUUCACACGCAUCAGCACAACAAGAUUGACAGCAAUGAGAGGACGGAGGACGGGGCCUUCAGCCCCCGCGAUGCCGACCACUACGCGGAGGGCGAGCAUCAUCAGGAGUUCGAUCACGAAGCCAUCCUAGGAAGUGUAAAAGAAGCAGAAGAAUUUGAUAAACUUCCAAUAGAAGAGUCCAAGAGGAGAUUAGGAAUUUUACUGACUAAGAUGGAUCUGAAUAAUGAUAAAUAUAUAGAGAGAAAUGAACUAAAAGCCUGGAUCUUGCGUUCGUUUGGCAUGCUGUCUGCAGAAGAAUCUCAAGAUCGCUUGGACGAGGCUGAUACAGACGAAGAUGGCAAAGUGAGCUGGGAUGAAAUCCUGCAGGAUACUUAUGGCAGCGAUCCUGAAGAUUUGGCUCUUGAUGAUAAGUUAAUCCAAGAUGAUAAAGAGACGUUUGAAGCUGCAGAUUUAAACAAAGAUGGUUAUUUGGAUUCAGAGGAAUUUAAAGCUUAUACACAUCCUGAGGAAACACCUAGAAUGUUCUCAUUGUUGUUGAAGCAAGCUUUGGAAGACAAAGACACAGAUAAAGAUGGAUACAUUAAUUUUCAGGAAUUUAUCGGUGAUAGAGCUAAGUCCAAGGAUAAAGAAUGGUUACUAUCAGAAAAGGAUAAAUUUGAUUAUGAACAUGAUAAAAACAAAGAUGGUAGACUCGAUUCGGAUGAAAUUCUUUCUUGGCUUGUCCCAAGUAAUGAAGAAAUAGCAAGCGACGAAGUGGAUCAUUUAUUCGCAGGUUCUGAUGAUGAUCAUGAUAAUAGAUUAUCGUUCGAAGAAAUAUUGGACCAUCACGAUGCUUUUGUUGGUAGCGAAACUACAGAUUAUGGUGACCAUUUACAGGAUAUCGAACGUUUCACCGACGAACUUUGAAAGUCAUUAAUCGAUCGAGUUGAUAAUACGCAUAUUAUCUUCUGUAAUACUCAGAGACAUUUAUUUCAAACUAAAAAUAUUUUUAAUACACUGCUCAAAACGACAAUGGAAUUAUGUCUUUAAGAAAGCCUGUAAAUAAAAUCUUCAAAUUUUAAACCAGCAUUUGAAAAAACUAUUGUAUUUAAACAAGAGUACUUACUACAAGAUGUAUGUUAAAUCGUGCAUUAAGAGAAAUAUUCAUGAUCUAAAAUCUACUAGAACCUUAUACACAUAUUUAUUUAAAAAAUAUUCCACUAAUCGUUUUAAGCAGUAUAUUUCUCAAUGCAUCUCCUUUCACCCUUUAUCUAUUUCAUUUUACUUCUUUAUGCAACCAUUAGAACAAAUUUAUAUUAAUAACACAAGACACGUACAUAAGAUUAAUGAAACUUGCUCAUCGUAUAUAUUUACGAUGAUUCACAGAUAGUAUAGCAUUACAUGAACCAUCGUCUUCCAAUUUCUACCAAACAUGAGUGCCAUACUAGAGAAUGCAGAGAGAGAAAAUAGAUUAGAACAACAAAAGAAUCAUAUUUCUUAUUGCAAAUGCAUAGAAUUAAGUUUAAAUCUCUCAUCAACAUUAUAUUAUGUUAUAUAUGUUAUUAUUUAUUAUAUAUAUAUGUCUAUUGCAUGUAAAGCACAAUUUGCUUGAAUUAGCAAGAAAUUAAUGUAAUUUUCAUAGUUAAUAUUAAACGAGUCUUAUUUCUUGGCACUUCUUUGAAUAUAUGCAUUACAAAAUAUAAAUCUUUGCCGAGUGAUUUCCGUGAUCGAUUUUUAAUAAAAUAUUUUAAUUUUAA